CCUUGAUGCACAGCCAAGUGAAUAAGACGUGCGUGUGUCUCGUCCGGUUGACAUAAUAAUAGUAGCUUCGGCUUUUUAUCCAAAUGUUUAUAUUAUAUCCUCAAAAAUAAAGUCUUCGUCGUGCACUGCAGUUCUGUAUUUUCUUGAAAUACAUUUCUACUUAUACUUAAUAGUGCAACAUCAGAGAUUUGACAGCAAUAAGUCGUCGUCCUCGACGUAAACAACACACAUUCUGCAAACGAGAACAGCGAUAUAUCACACACGAUCAUGGCAAAAGAAAUGAUGAUAGUUUUCGUCUAUGACACCACAAUGUGUUGUAAAGAUGAAGAUGAUCCAGUUUUAGAUCCAGCUGAUGCUGUUAUAUAUUUUCACCCAGCCUGGGUUUCACCGACACAGAGAUUAGCCUUGGCUGGUCAAUUGAUGGGCGUCAAUCAGUUUUUGUCCACAUCAUUUUCAUCUCCAUCCAUAAUAUCGUUGCAAGGAGGCAAAUUCGUUCUCAAAAAAUUUGGAUCUUAUAUACUUGCAGUGGGUACUGAUAGAAAUAUACAAGACUGGAUUCUGGAGCGACGCGCGGACGUUUUGGAAUCGCUUCUCAAAUUCUUCCACUGUGAUUUCGAGACGAUCUUGUCAUCUCUCAAUAACGAAAGAAAUAAAUUUACCGAAAAGUUGUAUCAGAUAUUUGAAACGUAUCUGCCGAUAUUGCAGUAUAGUGCCAGCCUUUUCUCCAAUCUUCCAAUGCUAAAGCUUCCAAGGAAUGCAAGCAAUGUGUUUUUAGGAGCUAUGCAAGUUCUUCAAUUUUGCCAGGAAACAAAUGGUAUUGUUGGUGGCGCAUUGUUUUAUAAUAACAAAGUUCUUGCAUCACAAUUAAGUCCUGAAAUGACUAAACAACUAGUCAUCACAGAUCCUUAUAGAAUCAAGGUCCCAGCUGAUAACGUACCGACAAAUUUUCACUUACCAGUAGGAGUGCAAUUAUUUCGCGUUUUUGUUAAACAACAAGAAUUCUCAAAAUUAAUUCAAGAAGCAAACCUGGAACGUGGCUACAGUUCAUCUGUCGACGUAGCACAUAAAAAAUCCAUUCAUAAAAAAAAUCCAAAACCCGGCACGAAAGAUCAGCCAGUUUCAAUGAUGAAGCGCGAUACUUCCCGUAUUUUUACUGUGCCUGAAGAAGCUGAAUUGGACGCAACGCACUACAACCAGAACAAUUGCAUACUUCCUUUACAUCACAAUACCGCGUACAGCUCUCCGGUAAAGCGCAAACAACCAGAAUCCAACAACCACGUAAACAAAAUAGAACGUCCCAAGUACCAGCAUCCGCUAACGCCGAGUGUCUGCUCGACUCCGCUAAAAGAUGUAAAUCGAGUGCUACAUGGUUUUGCGGUGUCUAUAGUCGCAGGUAGCGAAGAAGCUGAUGCCAAGCUUACUGAGAACCAUCAGCCUAGCCAAGACAAAGAAAACGAUGCCAGUAGUCGAAACACAGGGCAUCAGACAACGGUACAACAACAAAACCUUGAUGACAUUCCUGAUGUUGUGAAAGAAGCAUUACGCUGCAAGCGUUUGAAUAAAUUGCUAAACGCACCACCCAAAGAGAAACUGCUGAUAAAAGCGAAAGAUCGUAACUCUAUGAGUCUUACCGAUAUUACGGAAUCGUUAAAGAACAAACUCAUGCUUAAGACGUACAGCUUUGGUCUACCGAAACUCAAUAGCAGUUUUACCGUAGAGUAUGACUCACCUAAAAAACAGAGACAUCGGCGUCAUUGCAACACUAUAACCGAUCCCUGUCAUCCGGUUUUUCGAAACGACGGCUUACCGGUUUCUCAGUCCCUGUACGAUGAAUACGUUGAAAAUCACUAUCAGGAAUUGAAUCAAAUAUCCCAAACACCUGAUUUUAGUUCUGAGACUUGGAAAAACUUUCCACCAUUGAAAAAUGACGUACCGGUAAUAAAAAAUGGCAACGGCGAGAUUGUCCACAAUCGAACCGAGCCAAAGCCAAAUUUGACUUUGGAUGUUAGAUUGCAGGAGAAAAAAAGUAAACAGGAGAACUAUCGACGAUCUAUGAGUCUUCCCCUAAAACCUCUGAAUGCUUUGGACAAUGAUGAUCGAUGUAAACCAACUUCGGAGUGUAGUGGUAUUUUUGAACUGCCACAGCGCAGAAAGCUCGACGGAUUGCAGUUGACGCCACUCAUGUCCAAACUGAGUCUUUUAGCUGACGAAAAAACGAGUGGUUUUUGCAGUAGAGAAACUACACCUAGUGAAUUUCGAGAUAUUUCGACGUACUCGUUGGUUAAUAAUCAGUUGAUUAAAACUAAACUGGAUUCCGUAAGUAAAGAAGGAUUGAGUGACAACGAUGACGAGAUCGAUGAAGACUGGACGACGACAAAGGAUGAAGGUAAUUAUGAGAAGGGCGAACUAUUUCUCUGUGGACAUCAGAAUAUGGUGAUGUUUUUGCUGAUGGAGGAAGGUACUGCCAACGAUCCAGAGUUGAUACAUUAUCUCUGGAAAACAUGUGUCAGCAUUUUGGGCUGUUUAGAAGUAAGCUUGCAGCAGUGUUUAGAGCCACUACCUUCCAAUGAAAACAAAGAAUUGUAUAGUGUGUUGAGCGUAGAUUCCGAAUGGGAUACGAUUCAUAGAUCUGGACUUUGGGGUGUGACAGAGCUCGAUGUUGUCUCUUCUCUUCAUGAUAGAUUCAAACGUAACAAGAACCUUACAGACAUAGUUGUUAGAACAGAUGACACAGUUGUUUAUGGAAAUCAGUGUGGAAAUGUCGAGGUAUUUUACCAACAAGCAGUGGCUUCGAGCACAGCUGGUGGUCUUCCAACUCCGGCUGACCUAAUGGGAACAGUGCCACUAAAAGCUAAACGCAGACUGGAAAGGGAUCACGGUAUUAUUAUACUGUAAACAGGCAACACUUUCGAGGUAAAUGUACACCGUAUUUUACUGAAAUAAAGACGUAUUAUUAGUCGUCAAUUACUGACAAAUUUAUUUACGCACUCAGUGAUAACUCGAAACAAUUUGAAAUUAUUUUCAGUUUUUUUUUUUUUUUAAUAAGUUUGGAAUUUUUAUUUGUUAAAAAUAACUAUAGGAAUAUAUGUUUCGUACAACUUUGAAUCUGUUAGUAGCAUUUUAAUAAAUCGUGUGGUAGUUUUAAUAAUACAAUCUAUACGGAAUUUGUUUUAAGCAAACUGAUUGUAGUGUCUUUUAAAGUCACGCAAGUAUAAGUUUUAAUAGAUUCGUUAUGAACUUUGAGGAAAAAUUUAAUAUUAAUAGACAAAAAAUUGUCCAAAUGAGUUUAUAAGUGUAUUUUUAUAAAAAAAUAAAUUUUCACUAUUAAUUAGAGUAAAGAUUUUUAAGAUUUGAAGAAGUGAUGGCUGAUAUUAUUGUUGUUAAAAUCACUCUCAUUAAUAAAAGUAUUUGGCUGUUCGUGUUUUUGUAAAUUACCAAAUAUUUAAAAAAUAAUGUGAUGAUAUCAAAUAAGUCAUGUGGCAGUUAAAAGUAAAGUACAUAGUGCAUAUUUGUACUAAAAUUUAACAUUGCCAAAUUUAUUACUAAGAUAAUUCAGUAAACAAGGAGAAAAAAAAUUUAUAACAUUUCAUACAAUGUGGACCAUUAUGAGAAAAAAAAAAAAAAUUUCUUCUGUGAUUUAUUAAAUAUAACUUAACUUGCCAAAUCAAAACAUUCCAUAUUUACAAAUCUUUUCAAACACCACUUAUUGUCAGUGUUUUCACUACGGUAAGAAAAACGCAUAUUUUGUUAUUAUGCAUACAAGUUGAGAAGCAAACACGUUCUCGUAUUCUAAAUAAUCUACGUGUUAAUAUACUCACAGUAAACAAGUGCAAUAUGACUAAAAAAUAUUUUUGUUAACUCACCGCUUGCCACACGCAUUCUCGUUUUAUAUUUUACCGUUGUAUUUGUGAACUAUUGUUUUGUAUGUCAAAAAACUAAAAAUUGUUAAUUAUUCAUUGUCUUUGAAAUAUUAUGCUCUGCUAAAAAUCAUUGUAUAGAAGUAGACUAACUUGUAACAUUCUAUUGACGUUACCAACUAGAAAGGAGAUACUAAAUAAACAUUAGAUAGUAAUGCAGAAAUCAUAUCAACGGUCAAUUGUAUUUAAUCAUUACAAAAAAAAAUUACAUGAUUUUUUAAUGGAAAUUGUAAAUGAUACGUUGAAAAAGAGAGCACAUGUUUCAUAAGUAAAAAAAAAUUUGACUACAAAACAAACGCCAAAUGCCUUAUUUUAUAAAUAUUUGUAAAAUACUUGUAACCAUUGAAAACGUUAAAUGGCCCACGUAUGUCUGGAUUAGUUUUUUCAAGGAAAUUUCAUGUAAUUUUUUAUAUAUUAGUUGAAAAAGUUUGAAAAAUCGAGAAUACAUGCGUAC